CAGUGGCGAUUGGCGAUUGGAACACAAUUGUCAUUCGGUGUAUGAUCGACUCGUCAGAAAAAAGAACUUCGAAAAAAAAAUUUCGAAGAAAACGCAUUCAAUACAGACCAAUAAAUAUAUACACACUCGUUCAUCAAAAAAAUAAUAAUAAGUAAUAUUCCGGUAAUUCCGGUCCAAUUAGUCGACUUUGUAAAAAUCGAUUUGUUGAAAUGAGGACCUGCUUUUUGAGUAUCGAUACAAGGAAUAAACCCUGUUAUUCAAUUUUUUUCUAAUUUUUAUUAUUAGAAUUGGUAGAUAAUACGAGCAAUACAUGCAAGAUAUCAGAGUGUGGCAGUUUCUCGGUUUCACGUGGUGUUACGCAGUCCAUCGAGAAUAAAUCUGCUUCUGUUUCAACGCAUUCAUUAGCAUUAUUCUCGAUGUAUAACAGCUGAUAGUACUAUAAAACACAGUUUUGAAAAGAAUUUGUAUAUUAUGUGCAAUUAACAUACUGGCAAUACCUCAUCUUAGUGAUGAAAUGAUUUUUUGUCGUUUCAUUGUUUUUGUCCCAAAAUGGAUACGUCGCGUGUAAAACUAUUCGAUUGACAGUAAAGUGAUCAUUUUCUUCAUAUGACUAAACAAUUGUUGCAAUAAUGGAAAACGACAGUGAGGAAAAACACAAUGGUGAUGAAGAUCGUAGUGAUGAAAUGCGGUUGAAGAUUGAAAAAUUGGAAACGGAGAACGGCCACAUGCGAGAAGAAUUCAAUGCACAGCGAGCCAAGCUAAAAGAACUGUUUCUUCAAAAAGAAGAGGAAUUGAAGAGACGAUCGGAGGAGAAUACACGAUUGCAAGAAGAGAUAGCCAAAUUGAGGAACGAAUUUGACGAAUGUAAAAGUCAGCUUGUAGUGGCCAGUUUAACAUUAGAGAAUGAUGUCGAUGCUGAGAAGCGCAAAGCGCAAGAAGAAAUUCAGUCAUUACAGCAAGUUGUAUUAGACACAAUAAAAGAAAGCUCGUUAUCGAGAGAUCAAUUGGAGAAUGAAUUGCAAAAAUUUAAGAGCGUUGUGUCGAAAUUGGAGCAAGAAAACAGUCUGUUGAAGUCUCAGAUGACAAAAGAUCCGCAGUCCGAUGGACCCCAAAUUUCUCUAUCCACUGUUACCAAAACUAUAGCUCGCAAAGUUGCCUCACAGUUGGGAGCUGAUGCUCUCUCACUGGGAUCUGAUAACCUCGAAGAGAGCAUGAGGAAGGUAAAAAAAUAUGCCGAAGAAGACGCUGAAGUAUUGCGUUCGCUAGUCGUACCGCUCGAGGAGGAAAUAAAAGCACUGAAGGAAAAAUUACGAUCGACCGACGACGAGUUGCAGCGAUGCAAGGAAUCUCAAGUUGUGCAAAAAAAAUCUCAAGAAACGAGCUCGUUAGGACCCACUUGCGACAUGUGCGUUAAUUACGAAGCUCAGCUAGUCAAAAUUCAAACAACCGCGAAGGAGCUCGAAAUUCAAUUGAACGAUACUAUGCGUAUGCUUCACGCUCAAAGAGAGGACCUCGCGAAAGAAGUUGAAUUUCGUAAAGGAAUGGAAGAAAAAUGGAACGAGAAGAAGGAAGAGCACAAAAUUAAAGUAAAUGAGCUCACAAUGGCUUCGCAAAUGGCCCAGCAAGCUCUUUGUGAAAUUAAGCAAACUUACAGACAAGGCCAGCAAGGCAUUAUGGAAGAAUUGAGCACAUUAACAAGAGCGAGAGAAGAAGUUCAGAGACAUCUCUAUGAGCUGCAACGAGAAAACGAAAUGCUGGUGGGGAAACAUAGCAAGCAUUCGCAGCAGUUGCAAAGCGAGACUAUCAAUAUGCCAAAUGACGUCGAAGAAUUGCACGUAAGUUUACUCAAAACUCACGAAGACUUGAUAACUGCGAGAGUUGCUCAAGAAGUGGCGCAAGAAAAGGAAGAAACUUUGAGAUAUGAAAUUGGUCUAUUGAGAGAACAAAUGGAUCAGGAUAAUAGAAUGAGAGAACAACAAGAAGCGAUUGUGGCCAGUGAAAUACAACAGCUAAAAACUAUGGUUGAAAAAUAUCGGCGAGAUGUACGCGAACUAGCGGAAAAAGAAGAAAAAUUGCAACGCGUUGAAAAACAGUUGGAGGAAGUGACGAAAGAGAAAAAUGAUGCGAGUACAACGAUCGCCGAAUUGCGUCAGAGAGUUGCCAGUCUUCAACAAGUAUUAGAUACAAGUGGCGAAGUGCAGAAAGAUUUCGUCCGUUUGUCACAGUCGUUGCAGGUACAACUUGAAAAAAUUCGUGAAUCUGGAAGUGAAGUCAGAUGGCAACAUGAGGAAGACGUAGACGAAUGUCCGACUUGUCAUUCGGCUUUUACAAUAUCAAAGAAAAAGGUACACUGUCGGCACUGCGGUCACGUAUUUUGUCAAUCCUGUAUGACGCGAACAGUGAACAGUGGACCGAAACAAAGGCCAUCCCGUGUUUGUGGAGUAUGUCAUACGUUGUUGGUGCGAGACACAGCUCCUUACUUCAGUCAGGAACCACCGCACACUCCGGAUUAGAUCGCUAUUUUUAGUUCCCUCUCCUAAAUUGUUCGUUUCUUCAAGUAACGGAAGGAAUAGAAGAUUGUGUGCAAAAAACGUGCAAUAUAACAAAAAUGAGAGUUAUAACAAAAAAGGUUGCCCAUCUUGUGAUUGUCUCACGAUUGCUAUGGUUGUAGAAAAGAAAAGAGACCGUAUGAGAAAACGAUAAAUGUCCUCUCAUACAGUGAAUAUUCCAAGGAAAAAGAAAAGUUGAAAAUAUAUUUUGAAGGAUAGUAUCCGCUAAUUUCGAAACAAGCUAUCUCUCUUCUCUUCAUCUAAACGAAAAAGCAAAAGUCUUAGACGUUGAACGCUAAAGUGAGACAAAGCGCUAGUUACAAUUAUUAUUGCUCGGUGAUAAAUAUCGUUCGGGUGAUACAAAAAAAAGAGUCGUGUAAAUACGAAGAAGAAAAGUUCUGUAAUACUUAAUGUUUAUGAUAAUGUAAGAGAUUAAAGCUUUUGAAUGUAUCUGUUA